GAAGCUAUCUAUCAUAUGGGAAAGAUGUAUAUGGAUGGCGCGUUGGGCUGUGAGAGAUCUGCAAGGAAGGCUGUGAAAUUUUUCAAACGAUCCGUCGAGCUCGGUUGCGUGGAGGCGAUGGUCGCUCUUGGGCUCCGGUACCAGCAAGGAGAAGGUGCUCUCCAGAAAGCUGCGGAAGCUUUCCGCUACUACAAACUCGCCGCCGAACAGGGUCUCACGGAAGCCGAGCUCAAUGUGGGACUCUGCUAUGCGAAGGGCGAUGGAGUCCCCGAGGACGUUAACGAAGCCAAACGCUGGUUCGUGCGUGCGGCCGCCAAGGGCCAGGAGGAUGCCAUUGAUGUCCUUCGAGAAUGGCAAGAG